AUGACCAAUUUUUUAAAAUCUGGCUUUGCUUUUAAAGACAUUAUUAAGAAACUUUUAAAGCCUGAACUUAAAUUUGCACCCAAAGUUCUUCCUAAGAAAACACCGAAAAUCAUCCCUAAAAGGGAACCACAUGAGGAGAACAAGGUUUUGACAAUUGAUAGGAAAGUGAUGACUGGAAUUGGUAGCUUCCAGAUGACUGAUAACCCCAGAAGUGGAGCUAAGGCUGAGAAACAAGGAACCCCUGUCCAGGUUUCAUUUGGACGAGCAGACCCUUCAGUUCCAAGGACUUUCCCCAAUCCAAGAAGCUCUUCAACAGAAAAUCUUGAUGAAGAGGAAUUCAGCCAUUCUUUGAGCAGAGCCCAAGAUGGUGAACUGACCGCAGCUGAAGAACUUGGUCUGAUGGAAAGGGUGGAUAUGCCACAGUUGCUUUUCUUCCAGUUUCCUACUUCUCUUCCUAUACCAAGGGAAACUGACCCAGCUGCUGAAACAGAGACAAAUACCAUUGUCAAUGCGAAUACAAAAUCCAUGGGGAACUAUAGGAAGAGGAUGCUUGACUCAGGCAAUGCCUGUAGUCUGAAAGAGCUCCCAGGUGGUCUCAUGGGAAAGAUACUCGUAUACAAGAGUGGUAAAGUGAAGAUGACGCUCGGUGAUGUGCUCUUUGAUGUUGCGGCUGGCUCCAAUUGCAUGUUUGCUCAAGAGGUUGUAGCGAUUGACACUACGGAGAAGCACUGCUCUAGCAUGGGGGAGCUUGGAAAACGUGCAAUUGUAACACCUGAUAUCGACUAUUUGCUAGGUUCUAUUGAGAAGAUGUAG